AUGGCUUCCUGCCCAGACUCUGACAACAGCUGGGUGCUUGCCGGCUCGGAGAGCCUGCCCGUGGAGACCCUGGGCCCGGAAUCCACGGUGGACACAGAAUCGGAGCGAGCCCCCCAGGCCCUCGGGAGUCCCUCCAAGGCAGCUUUGGAAGAGUUAGCUGGGGCUGAGGCUGGAGGAGAGACCGUCUUCCAGAGCGAAAGCUCCCAGUCUGGGCCCCUUCUGUCAGAGAAGACUGAGGCGGAGGGGGACCUGGAAGGCGAUGGCUGUGCUGGGGGCCCCCCUGGCCCAGGAGACACACUGGUCCAGGGAGACUCGGAUGAGGCCCCUGGGGCAGCAGGCCUGGGACCGGACACAGAGGAUGCGGAGGGUCAAAGCCCCCCAGGGAGCCUGCCUUCAUUGCCCAAUGCAGCUUGGCCCAGGGAGGAGGCCCACUGCUCUAGCAGCGAGGACGACACCGAUGUGGACGUGGAGGGUCUGCGGAGACGGCGGGGCCGGCAGCCCAGUGCGCCUCAGCCCGCGGGGCCCCUGGGCGCGGAGGACCAGGCCAGAGGCGAGGGUGCGGGCUGCGAGCUGGGCAUCUCCCUCAACAUGUGCGUCCUUGGGGCCCUGGUUCUGCUGGGCCUGGGGAUCCUCCUCUUCUCCGGUGGUCUGUCAGAGUCGGACAGGGGGCCCGUGGAGGAAGUAGAACUGCAGGUCUUCCCGGACACGGGGUUGGACACGGAGGUGCGUGAUGCCGUGGGGGACGGGCAGGAUGGGGUCCCAGGACCCUCUGACAGCGUCCCCAGCCUGCAGAGCAUGGCCCUGCUGCUGGAUAGGCUGGCCAAGGAGAACCAGGACAUCCGGCUGCUGCAGGCCCAGCUGCAGGCCCAGAAGGAAGAGCUUCAGGGCCUGAUGCAGCGGCCCAGAGAACUGGAAGAGGAGAACGCCCGGCUGCGUGGGGCCCUGCAGCAGGGCCAGUCCUCGCAGCGCGCCCUGGAGUUGGAGCUGCAGCAGCUGCGGGCCCAGCUGCAGGGGCUGGAGGCCGACUGCGUCCGGGGCCCGGAUGGGGUGUGCUUCAGCUGGGGCUCCCAGGGUGGCAGGGUCACCGAGCAGCCGGGCCCCAGGGAGCAGAAGCCAGACGCUGGCUUCCUGGAGCAGAAGGAGCGGCUAGAGGCUGAGGCUGAGGCUGAGGCCUUAAGGCAGGAGCCGGAGAGGCCGCGGCAGCUGCUGGGGUCCAUGCAGCAGGACCUGGAGCAGAGCCUAGGGGGCGUGGGCCGCGGGGACCCGGCGCCUGCUGGCCUGACCGAGCUGGGCCACAGACUGGCCCAGAAGCUCCAGGGCCUGCAGAACUGGGGCGAGCAUCCUGGGGUCCGUGCCAAUGACUCAGAGGCCCACUUCCAGAGUUCUAGGGAAGGGAGUGGGAGGGAGAAGUGGCGGGAUGGGCGGGGGGACCGGAACGCUGAGCCCCGGAAGCACAGGAAGGAGGGGUCUGGCCGCGAAAGAAAGAAAGGCUGGCGGGGUGAGGGGGACAGGGAGCUGGCUGGGAAGGGGAAGGAGGGCAAGCCAAGGGAGGGGGAGUGGGCCAGCAAGAAGGAGGGCAAGCGCCAGGGCCCCAAGGAGCCCCCUAGGAAGGGUGGGGGCCCGCAGUCCUCCGCGGAGAGGCAGAAGCACCCUCAGGGCAGGGAGGGGGCUAAAGCCGGGCCUGACCCCCUGCCACUGUGGGCAGCGCUGUCGAGGCACAAGUACCGGGCGCCCCAGGGCUGCUCGGGCGUGCGUGAGUGUGCCCGGCAGGAGGGCCUGGACUUCGGCGUGGAGCUGGCCCCGGUGCGGCAACAGGAGCUGGCCUCUCUGCUGAGGGCUUACCUGGCGCGGCUGCCCUGGGCCGGGCAGCUGUCCAAGGAGCUGCCCCUCUCGCCUGCUUACUUCAGCGAGGACGGCUUCUUCCGCCACGAUCGCCUCCGCUUCCGGGACUUCGUGGAUGCCUUGGAGGACAGCCUGGAAGAGGUGGCCGUGCGACAGACCGGUGAUGAUGAUGAGGUGGAUGACUUGGAGAGUUUCAUCUUCAGCCACUUCUUUGGAGACAAGGCACCAAAGAAGAGGUCAGGAAAGAAGGACAGACACUGGCGGGGCCCGGGGAGGGGCUGA